AUGAAAAAGGAAGUGAGUAGUUUUUUCUUUUUCGUUUUUGUUGCUGUCACAAAUUCAAUUUUUUUCUUUCUUUCUAUUUCUUUUUUCUUUUCUUUCUUUCUUUCUUUAUUCUACCUUCUUUCUUUCUUUUCUUUCUUUCUUCAUAUAUUCACGUUUCUUCCUUUUUUCAAAGUUUUUCUUUCUUUCUUUCUUUUAAAUCUAUGUCCCCCAACAGUCUUUUCUUUCUUUCUUUCUUUCUUUCUUUCUUUCUUUCUUUCUUUCUUUCUUUGCUCCAAUUUUGCCAUAAUGAAUGACCUUCUUUCCGAGAAACUCAAUUCGCUUAAGUUUUUUACUAUCUAUCUAUCUAUCUAUCUAUCUAUCUAUCUAUCUAUCUAUCUCAGUGACCAAUCUAUCUAUCUAUCUAUCUAUCUAUCUAUCUAUCUAUCUAUCUAUCUAUCUAUCUAUCUCAGUGACCAAUCUAUCUAUCUAUCUAUCUAUCUAUCUAUCUAUCUAUCUGUUGAAAUUUGA